UGCCGCGAGCGGAGCGGGGCGGGGCGGGGCGGGGCGAGCGCCGGGGCCGGGGCCAGUGCCAGUGCCGGUGUCGCGGGCCGGGCCAUGGCGCUGGCCGUGUUCUUCGGCUGCACCUUCAUCGCCUUCGGGCCGGCGCUCGGCCUCUUCCUGCUCACGGUGGCGCGGGACCCGCUGCGCAUCAUCAUCCUCAUCGCGGGGGCCUUCUUCUGGCUGGUCUCGCUGCUCCUGUCCUCGCUGAUCUGGUUCAUCGCGGUGAAGUCCAGCGACCCCCGCGACGCGCCGCUGCAGAAGGGGCUCCUGAUCUUCGGGGUGAUGUUCUCUGUGCUGCUGCAGGAGGCCUUCCGCUUCCUCUACUACAAGCUGCUCCGGAAGGCGAUCGAGGGGCUGGUGGCACUCAGUGAAGAUGGCUGCUCCCCCCUUUCCAUCCAGCAGAUGGCGUAUGUGGCUGGCCUGGGCUUCGGACUCAUGAGCGGUGCCUUCUCCAUGAUCAACCUCCUGGCGGAUUCACUGGGGCCUGGCACCGUGGGUAUUCAUGGGGACUCGCAGCUCUACUUCUUGACCUCGGACCUUCUUCAACCCACUGUACGUGAGCAGCCUGGUCCCUGCCUACCUGCUGAUGGUCGCCACGGCCGCCUGGGCCUACCUGCUGUCAGGAGGCUCCGCUCAGAACCUGCGUCGCUUCCUGCUGUGCCUACGGAGUGGGACAACCCCACAGCUGGGAUCCUGAGGCCCUGCAGCGCUUGUCCCAGAGCCACCCCCCUCCCCUGGGCGCUGGGGGCCUGGACUUCAGCUGUUUCCUCUACACGCCGCCUUGGGAUCUGGGCCUGGAGGUGGCACUUGGGGCCCCUUGCCUGGGAGCAGCUAGGGAAUGUGAGCGCCAGGGACUGGUGCGACCCUGCCUCCACUGCACAGCCAGAGCACUGCCUGCGAGCUCAACCUGACCCCAAGCCUGCAGUGGGGCAAUGGUGUUGCCUCUCCUUGAGGGACACCUUGAACUGACUGUCCCGGCGCCUGGACACGGCAGGGUUAUCCCCAGGCUUGCUCUGUUGCCCCCAGCAUGCCAGAGUGCUCCUCUUCACACUGAUGAGGGCUACGGUCCCCUCUCCCCAGCCCCGGACGUGCUCAGGUGGGCAGGGCUCCCUGCACUUGCCCCAGCCAGAGGCCAAAGGGCUGCCUCCCUGCCCCAUCACCCAGCAGAAUGGCAGCAGGGGCGACUCCCAGCAUAACCACAGGGACUAGAAGAGGCAGGGCAGCCCGGGGCCAGGGCUGGCAGGGGGUGGGUGGUCAGCGAGGGACAAAUGAGUGCCUGAGAAGCAAAGGGGGGUGGGGGGUGGCAAGGGCUGAGCCCCAGCUGAAGUGGGGGUUGCUGCUUGCCUGGUGCUUGCAGGCUGGAUGCAGUUGGGGGUGGGGGGUGUUGCCUCCCUCCAGUACCCCAUGAGGGAGGCUGCUCCCAGGUUUGCAUGGGGCUGAGGGAGGGGGUUACAGAAGUAGAGCCAGGUGCAGGGGUGGGGAGCAGAGAGCGUGACUGCAUCAGCCGUAGGCUUUGAUACCAAUAAAGAGAGACCAACUGCAAGCCA